ACAAGACACCUUCCUCCACCCCUCCUUAGCGUGACAGGAGGCAGGAUGCUGCCGGGAAGUGGCAGGCCACACCUGCCCCGAUUCCCCGCCCAAGUCCACUUGUCUGCUGGCCUGGAGACAGGUCUGGCUGGCCUCUCGGUUUCUUAGGGAAGGAACUAUUGCUCCUGGACUCGCUAGCAGCCUCUGGGAACAAGCCUACAUUAAGAGAAAUGCUACCCAGAAUGCCCUGGACUCGAGACAGACAAGUUGGAAGAAGUGACUUCUGAGGAGUCAGGAGUUGGAGAACAUGGUCCUCAAACUCCUGACCUUCCUGCCCAGCCUCCCAAGUGCUGUCGUCACCAGCAGAGCCAUCUUUCUUUGCAUUUUCUCCUUCUCCACCCAACACCCCUCUCUUUAGAAGGGGGACCAAAGAGACCUAGGAGCAAAGGAGGAGUGAGGUCAGCCGGAGGUGGGGGUGCGCUGAACUCACCACUCAGACAUCUUCAGUUGCUACCUAGUUCUCCUCCCUCCAUCCCUGCAGCAGCAGAGACCUCACCCGUGAAACGAAGACUCAUGCCCUCAGCCUUGACUGGUGCAGGGGUGCAGGAGCGACCAGGCGGAUGAGCCCCCAGGAGAGUUCUGUCUACCCUUCCCAACUUCUCCUGUUGGUGGGGAUCCCCGUGGCCAGCGCUUUCCUUCUGGUUCAAUGCCUGCUAUGGCGCUGCUCUCGGUGGCUGCCAGGGGCCUGCAGGAGGCCAGGUGACCAAGAGGAAACAGUGUCGCCACCCACUUCAUUACCAGAAUAUGAGCCCCCAAGGCAGGGCCCACUCCAGACACUACCGGAGGUGGCUGCGUUCUACCAGGAACUCUACACGCCCACCCGGGGCCAGACCAUCACCCGCCAGCUGAGGCAUAAGCUACUGGUGUAUUCUGCUAGAGAGGUGGAUCACCGUGGCGGGUGCCUGAUGUUGCAUGACAUGGGCAUUUCCCUGUUCAUUCCGCCAGGUGCUGUGGCGGUGGGCCGCCAGGAGAGGGUGUCCUUGGUUCUGGUGUGGGACCUGACAGAUGCCCCGCCAUUGUCUCACAGACAGGGGCUAGUGAGUCCUGUGGUGGCGUGUGACCCUCACGGGGCCUCUUUCCUGAAACCUUGCACACUCACAUUCAAGCACUGCGCCCAGCAGCCCGGUCAGGCCUGUGCCUACAACAGCAAUACGUCCUUGCUGGAGGCCAAGAAGUGGAGACCUCUGGGUCGGCCGGGGGCGUCUAUCUCCCGGGACGAGUGCCGCAUCCUGCUCUCUCACUUCAGCCUCUACACCUGCAUCCUGGAGGCGCCCCUGGGCCAGACGGCUCGCAAGUGGCUGCAGCUGGCAGUGUUCUGCUCCCCACUGGCACCCGGGCAGACCCACCUGCAGCUGCGCGUCUACUUCCUCAACAAUACCCCCUGCGCCCUGCAGUGGGCUAUCGCCAAUGAGCAGCCCCAUGGUGGACGCAUGCGUGGGCCCUGCCAGCUCUUCGACUUCACCGGGGCCAGAGCUGACCAGUGCCUGCAGCUCAAGUACAUCUCCGAGGGCUGGGAAAACGUGGAUGAGAGCAGCAGCCAGCUGGUUCCCCAUCUUCAUAUCUGGCAUGGAAAAUGCCCCUUCCGUUCUUUCUGCUUCCGGAGAAAGGCAGCCAAUGAGAAUGAAGACUGCUCAGCAUUAACCAAUGAGAUCAUUGUCACCAUGCACACCUUCCAGGAUGGCUUGGAAAACAAGUACAUGGAGAUCCUCAGAUUCCAGGCAUCGGAGGAGGAGUCCUGGGCAGUGCCCCCUCUUGUCUCUCAGCCACCCCCGUGCAACAGGCUGCCCCCGGAGCUCUUUGAGCAGCUGCAGAUGCUGUUGGAGCCCAACAGUGUCAGUGGGAAUGACUGGAGAAGACUGGCCUCCCACCUGGGCCUCUGUGGCAUGAAAAUCCGAUUCUUAUCCUGCCAGCGCAGCCCAGCCGCAGCCAUCCUGGAGCUGUUCGAGGAACAGAACGGUAGCCUGCAGGAGCUUCACUACCUCAUGACAUCCAUGGAGCGGUUGGACUGCGCCUCUGCUAUCCAGAACUACCUGAACAGAACCCCCCGGGGCAGCCCUGCCGUGAUACACGGAGGUGCCUGGGAGAACUACAGUUUAGAGCUGGAUGAGAAACUCUAAGCAUGCCCCGCGGGUCCUCGCAGGGUGUCGCGGGAGGCCGGGACAUGCCUAUGGGCUCAGGGUCAAUGCCGCAGACCCGAGUGGAAGGAUCUGGGAUCCCUCAGCGAGGCCAGACAGCCUUCCCAUGGGUCCUGUAUCAGGACCACCCUCCAGCCUGUCGGCCAACUUUGCCCUGAGUGCAGGUUCCGUCCUGGUCGGCAGGGGGCGCGAGAGUCUGAGAGAUGACCACAGCCCAGCCAGCUUCCAAAAUGCUGUUUAAUUUUCUCCUGGACGGCCAGGUGGCCCUGCAGGCACAUCGAGGUGGAGACUGCCCAGUCCAGAAGCAUUCAUGGAGCACUGAGUCUCAGCACCGGGCUGGAAUCAUGGGGCAUGUCGGCUUCUUUGAACUUGUCCUGGAGUGUGUUCUGCUGGAUGGAGAUGCACUUGCCCUCCUUCCAGGGAUGUGGUGGGUGUGGAGCUGUGCUUGGCUUUGAGUUGAGAAGGGAGGACGCUGAGAUGGGCUGGAGCAGAGAGAAGUCUCCAGAGAGGAUUCUUGGGAGAGAUCUUUCGGUGGGGCUUGGGGAACAGGGUGGGUGCACAGAAGAGAACCAACGCGCUCACCCGAUGGGUGGGGGGGGGAGGGUAGCAGCGGGCCCAAGGCGAGAUCUAGUCAUACCUCCUGCCCACCGGGCCCUGCCUGUUCACCUCUUCCCAUGCAGCCCACACCUGUCUUCCUGUCUGCCGCUGUCUCUCACCACACCGGAAGCUGCGAAGCCUCCGGACCCGCAUUCUUCCCCAGCCCCAUGCCGGUCCACCUUCAGCUGAGGGUGUUAAGUCUCAGGCUCCUUUUCCUGCAGGUGCCCCUUUCAGGGUCAGACGUCUUUCUGCGGAUCCGGUCUUCACGUUGUUUUCUCUCUAUCUAGCUGUGGGCCCCCACCCCCACCUUUGUGUGUUUCCUUAUUAAAACGAAUCCUGGUCACUCCCUCA